AUGGAUGCUCCGACAGGUUGUGGGACAGAUGCUGACAGCCCUGUUCAUACCUAUGAAAGUACCACCUUUGGCUCUUUGAUCGAUCGGGCGAAGCUUGCUCACAAUCUGGAGGUCACGCGCCUCAAGGAGGAGGUCCAGAAACUGCACGAUAGACUGGCAGCUACGUGCCAGGAAAGGAACGACUCCUGUGCAGACACGCCCGGCAAACGACAUGCGACAGCUCUGCCAGUGGGAAUGCAGUCUGCCAGACCCGCCAGCAAUGUCAGCGCGAAACUCGACAUCAAUGGCAGCGGGCCAGGAGGUGCCGCCACCAAUGUUACCGAGCCAGGGGUCGCCUCCAUCACCAGCCUGCACAGCCGGUGGUCCCCUUGUUCGACGGAGCGCGGGAGGCCCGAUGCGUCGAUGGCCACCAACAGAUCGGGUACCAAAUCGUAUUUGUCGGUUUACAGCCACGAAGGGACCCGGAAGAGCUUGGCCCGAGGGUUCAGUAGCACUUUUCGACGGCAGAAGUCGCGGGAGAAGACCUUGGCGGCAAAAGGCUGCGUGUACAAACUCGUGGUUCAUCCAGGAUUCGAAAUGUUGGCUGCUGGCGUGAUCGUCCUGAACGGGCUUGUCAUGGCUCUGGAGUCGCAGUACCACGGUUUUGAUGUGGCUGUCUGGACUGGCCAUGAGAGUGCACGUGGCCUUUCAUAUGAUGUGUGGCCCUUCGCUGAAGAAGUAUUCGAAACGUGUGAAUGGGCAUUCGGAGUUUUUUUCUCGCUCGAGGUUGGUUUGCGAAUUCUAGCUCACCGUUCACAGUUUGUUCGUGACUGUUGGAAUUUGAUCGAUCUUGCAGUGGUGGUUAUGUGGGCGUAUGGUCGCGUAAAUCUCGGCACGACCAUCAAUGCACAGAUGUUGCGUCUUCUCCGGUUAUCGCGGUUGGUUCGGUUGUUCCGAUUGUUCCGUUAUGUGAACAACCAUAGAUUCGAUUCUCUAUACCUCAUUGCAACUGCGCUCAAAGGAAGCGGUUCGAUUCUAGCAUGGUCAUUCUCUCUGUUGUUGGUUUUGCACGCGUUAUCGCUGGCUGUCAAUCAGGCCCUUCUCGAAUGGUAUUUCCAAGAGGACCAGGCCGAGGAGCAACGAUUGGUCUUCGAGUAUUUUGGAAGUUUUUCCCGCGCACUCCUCACCAUGUUCGAGUUUACCCUUGCAAAUUGGGCACCCCCGGCAAGGGUGCUGACGGAGAAAGUGAACGAGGUGUUGCGGAUCUAUUCUGUAGUGCACAAGAUGGUACUCGGAUUCGCCAUCAUAGGAAUCAUAAAUGGAGUAUUCAUCCAAGAAACGUUCAAGGCGGCCGCGCUGGACGAUGCGCUGAUGGUGAGGCAGACCUGUCGCAGGGAGAGGGCGCACAUCAAGAAGAUGAGGCGCCUCUUCAGCGAGGCGGACGAAGACAGCGAUGGUACCGUUGACCUCAACGAGUGGUUGAGGACAU